AUGAGCACAUCACAGCAGCAGCAGCAGCAGCAGCAGCAGCAGCAGCAGCAGCAAGCUUUGCUGCUGCGGCAGCGUUCGCAGCAUCUCCUCCCUGCAGAGGAUAUGUAUAACAUAGAGGAGCAGCAGCAGCAGCAGCAGCAGGUGCUGCUGCUGCAGCAGCAACCAGUUCAUGAGGCACCUGCUCUCCCUGCUGUUAUGUGUUCACAACUACCUGCUGUCGUUCCUGGUAGUGAGGCUGAGGGUGCAACACAGAUUUUGUCAGGGGAGCCGUCCCUUAUCGACUCCAUUGCUGCAAGUGGUCCUUCUAUGCAGCUUCAGUCUGCUCCUCUCGUUGCUUCUGAACGGCCACACAGGCAGGCAAAGAUGCAGCAGCAGCAGCAGCAGCGACAGCAGCAGCAGCAGCAGCAGCAGGAAAACACAAAUGUUGGGCUGUCUAGCAGCCCCAGCUUCUGCAGCACAACGCAACAGGAUGGAGAGGCAGCAGCAGCAGCAGCAGCAGCAGCAACUGCUGCUGCUCCUGCUGAAGUGUAUGAUCAGCAUAGUUCUGGUCUACGUGGCCUCCGCCGCAGCGGCAGCAGCAGCAGCAGCAGUAGCAGCAGCAGCAACAACAACAGCAGCAGCUGUCCUUAUUUUCUCAAGCUAUUGAGGGGAAGAAGACACAAUACUAGUGCUGCUGCUGCUGCUGCUGCUCCUGCUGCUCCUGCUGCUCCACCACAGGAGCCACGGCCUUCGCCUGUCAGCAGAAGCAGCAGCAGCAGCAGCAGCAGCAACAACACGUCUUUUACCCGCGUGCCUAUACAGCCAGACACUCCGCAGCAGGACCUGCAGCAGCACAUGCAGCAGCAGCUACAGCUUGAGGCCCAGCUGCAGCAACAGCAGCUGCAGCUGCUGCAGCAGCAAAGAAGAAGCAUUGCUUCCUCCUCCGUCAAGGCCCUGCUGCUAAAGUGUGGGGCAAUUGCAUGCGUGCUGCCUGAGGACGACGAGGAAGAGCAGCGGCAAUGGAUGCUGCAGCUGCAGCAGCAACAGCAGCAGCAGCAGCAGCAACUAGAAUUGCAGCAGCAGCAGCAAGGGAAGCAACGCGGACACUGCAGGCCUUGCUAUCGUCUAGGCUCCCCACAAAGGGGGACACAGCUACGACAUGGGAGACUGCAGCAGCAGCAGCAGCAGCAGAAGCAGCAGCAGAAGAAGCAGCAUAAGGAGCAGCAGCAGCAGCAGCACCAGCAGCAGCAAAGACGGGAAUAUCCUCCUCCCCGGUCCCGCAGUGUACGUACACCUAGUCUUCCCAAGCUACAGCUGCCGCAGCAGCCUGGGUCACCACAGCAGCAGCAGCAGCAGCAGCAAAGAACGCUGCUGCAGCAGCAGCAGCAGCAGCGUAGGCGCAGCAGCAGCGCAGUCCCAUCCCAAGUGAUGCAAAGAAAAGCUGCUGCUGCUGCAGAUGCAUCAUCUGCUGCUGCUGCUGCUGCAGACGCUGCAGCAGAUGCAGCACACGCUGCAGCAGAUGCUGCAGCAGAAGCAGCAGCCGAAGCAGCAGCAGCAGAAGCAGCAGCAGCAGCAGCAGCUAUAUGCAUGCCGUCCCCUUAA